CCUCUCCUGCUGAUGGACUGCGGUCUGCAUGGGCUCAAUUUGGAUAGACCAGACGGAUGGAUGCUGAAGAUGAUAUGAGAUAAGCGUCCUGACUCCGCCGAGCUGCUGCAAAGCCACGCAGGAAGAGACGUUGUCACUGCGAAGCCCACACCACCGGAAUACAAGGAAUAAACUGUUUCUGUCAGUCAAUGAGGUUUGCCUUCUCUUUCCACACCUCGAUCAUGGCCCUGCUCUCCAGAGGUGAUGUGAGCUGAAGUCGCGGAGAAGCCGCAGAGGAGCUGUCCGUCUGUCGAGGUGCUGAUGCGGCUGUGACAGCAUGGCUGCCGGGAAGUUGCUGCUCUACGCCGGGCUCUCUCUUUCUCUCUGCGCCCUGGGCAUGCUGGCUGUGGCGAUGUGCUCCGACCACUGGUACGAGACCGACGCCAGGAGAUACAGGGAGCGGUGCCGAAGCUUUUCCAGCCGCCGCAAGGACCCGGGCUUCAUCUACAUCCCCAACAACAGCCUGCCGCUGCGGGCCAGCCGGAGCAGUCUGCCCCGCUGGGAGGAGAAGCUGCUGCUGGCCCGGAACCGGCGGCAGCUGUUCGCCAUGAGCGCCGCGGAUGAGUGCAGCAGGCAGUACAACUCAACAAACAUGGGGCUGUGGAGGAAAUGCCAUCGACUGGGCUUCGACCAAGAAAUCGAAGACCUCAUCCGGAAAGGUUCCAUUGCAAGGUGCUCCUACAUCAAGUAUCACUACUCCUCGGCUACGAUACCUAAAAACCUCUCCCCCAACAUCUCCAAGACAAUAAGGCAGGACGAGUGGCACUCCCUCCACUUGCGGCGGAUGACGGCAGGUUUCAUGGGCAUGGCGGUGGCCAUCAUCCUGUUCGGUUGGACCAUUGGUGUGCUCGGCUGCUGCUGGGACAGAGGCCUCAUGCAGUAUGUGGCCGGCCUCCUCUUCCUCAUGGGAGGAACAUUCUGCAUCAUCUCCCUCUGCACCUGCGUUGCCGGCAUCAACUUCGAGCUUUCCCGUUACCCAAGGUACCUGUACGGCCUGCCUGAUGACAUCGGCCACGGCUACGGCUGGUCCAUGUUCUGCGCCUGGGGGGGUCUCGGCCUCACCCUCAUCGCCGGCUUCUUCUGCACCCUGGCUCCUUCUGUCCAGCCGAUCCCUCGAUCCACCUGCCCCAAAUCCAGACAGGAGAACGGCACCGUCUGCUAAAGCUGGCAGCCGUUUGGACCAACCAACUGAACCCUGCAGAUGGAUAACAGGGAAACUGUUCCAUGUCUUCAUCCUUCCACUUCAUCUCCAGUCUUUCCUGGUUACAGAUUUCUUUUUUUAUUUGUGUGUGUGUGUGUUGGGUGUCUUGAUGAUCUUGAAAUUAACAGAAAAACACUGAAGAACUAAAGAAAUAUUAUCAAAAAUUUGAAGUUGUGCUUGUUUUGUUGUUGUGGAGCAGACACCGAAACGGACCUUGACCAUGAAAGGUUCGGAAGGAAAUAUGCGGAGACACUGAAGGACUACAUUUUGGAUUGGUUAUACCGAGAGGGGCUUUGGACCCCUAAAGGUGAUGGACAAUGGUGUUAAAUCUGGGAACAGCUUCUAUAAACUGGUCUACUGUGAGUGUGGAGAACUCAUUUAACAGUUAAAUUGGUAGGCUCAAGUUUCUCUGUUGGACUUAUUGGAGCCUCCUUUGGGAUAAUUCACCAGGGAAUGGACCAGACUUGAAACUAUAUGACUUAUGUGGUCUUGGAUCAUGUUAAGUGGCCAUCUGUUCCAGUAUCUAUGGUCCCUAAAGUUACUCGGGACAUGCGAGCAGCGAGGAGACCCAGGACUUCCACUGUUGUACAUUACUGUACAGAAUAUUCUAGAGACAACCAGGAACCGUCAUGUUGGACCAUUUUCAUUCUCGUGUAGAUGCAUUCCAUUCUGUCUGAUGACCCCGUCUGCCAUUUAGCAUUUUAUACAUGCAUUCCUCUUUUUCUUCAAAGUGUUUUAUCCUUUUUAUUGAGCUCUCCAUGUUGGGAACAACAACUGAGUGUACGUUCAGAGCAAAUGUUUUUCCAUCGUAGUCGUAGACUGAACUGUGUGUGUAUGAGUGUGUGUAUGUGUGGGGAGGGGGUUUGUUUUGCAGUCUCUACAGAAAAAAGUUGUAAAAAAAUGAUCAUAGUGACAAAGUGGAGCCCUGCCUUCGGGGAUGUAUAAAGGCAGGAGCUUUGAUGAGCAGAACGGCACAAUGGAGGGAUGUAGUAUCCUGUUAAACCCAACUGACUUCUCCCUUGUCAUCUUUUUCGGGAGAUUCCCAGCACACAUGGCAGAUCAAGAAGAGUUUGUUUUAAAAGGGAGUAGCAUAUUCCACUCUCUGCUGCCUUGAGCGACUGUGGAAGGCUCCAGUAAUUGCAUCCGACGACGCUUCGCCUUUUCUUCCUGGGAAUCUGUGAAGCUCUGCUGUUUCUCAGAGCGUACGCCUCUUUAUUUCUUUCUUUUACCACCAGCCAGGACCUGUUUCCUGCAGGGCGUCCUCUAUCUAAACGGUAACAGAACAGUAUCAAAGUCCAGGGUUAAAAGUGUUCACCUUACUGAGUGAAUACGUCUAGACUGAGUAAGAAAAUGUUCUGAAUUCUUCAAGUUCCCUGACCCCAAUCGUGUCAUAAUUCAGAAUACACACUAACCUGGGCUUGAAUAUUUCUAUGCACAUACCUGAUGAUAAUAAUCAGUUCUCACCAACUGGUUUAGAUAUAUCCAGUCAUUAGAACUAUACAAUACAGAGAGCAGGCAUUGUAAGGUAGUGGGACCACAGUCAACGACAUCCUCCAAUGGAACCAUCUACUAAAAGGACAGUAGAGCUAAUCCAAAAACAACUGAUAUCAUUUUAUAGAAUUCAACAUUAACCGGCUUUCACUUGUAAUUUUGCAGCUCGUGGGUGGGUGCAGUUUGCCCCGCCAAAUCAUUACAAUGGACGUGAUAACAGCUGAUGGCGGCCAUGAUCUGUGUUGAUAAGGUGCGAAACGGUCGUUUACGGAAAGAAUGAGUCAACAUGUGUCACUAACCCUAACAAAUAUCAACAGUCAAGUCAUUAUAUAAUGUAUUCCAGUCAAUAAAAUGAAUCUAAUGAAAUAAAUAACCUAAGUUGAAAAGAAAGUGGAGUUUUUGUGAGGCAGUACAGUACAUUGGCCAACAUUGUGCGAUGGGUAACAUAUUUAGGGCCCGGUAUAACAUUUGUUGUCGCUGGUUCAAAUCCGCAUGAACUGUUGGCUUGUUUGCAAUGUGUAUGAUCUUGGAAAUUAACUCAGUGAUUAGCAGUGACACAGGCUUGUCUGUGUGGUUCUAAAGAAAACUAAACUAGGAGAAUAAGGGGGAACAGUGCUGCAGGUGACAGCUGCUAUGUGGGUUAACAUAUUCAAUGUAAACCACUAACCUUGCUGUACACAGCUAAACCUCAACUAAAGACCAGGAUAAUGACAUCUGACAGUCAGGGUUUUCAAUGGUAAUGUCAUUGUUAUCUGAAGACAUCUAACAGGGUUGUCUUUUUUUGAUCAUAUAAUUUCCCAUUAUCUGGGGAUACUCAUGUUCUUUCAUGUGUGUUUCGUCAUGGAAGCCUUCAAACAGGCCUCUUAGACGAGCCCAGAUAUCAUAAACUGAGGCAGACACUUUUCUUUGACAUUUUUCCAAAUUACUUUCAGGAUAUUUUUUAACGUUUUUUUCAUAAUUACAGUUUACUUAUUCCAUUUAGAAUGUAUAUACAUUUUUAAAUGUUUUACAGUCAUAUGAAUAAGUGGGUAUAGUAUAUAAAUAAUUGUUUGAGUUCUAUAUUUUACCCAGUUAUUCGUGUGAUAGUUUUUCGUUAACGACAACAUGAUGUAUUUAAUACUGAACACAAUGUGGCUCCAUGGCAGCUCUCUAGUGCUACUGAUUGGCUACAUUUUCUCCAUCUACCAUUAGGCAUUGCAUAUCUAUUUGAAUCACAUGACACUCAUAGGCGCAGAAGAUUGGCUGAGAGAAAAAGAGAAACAUCCGUAUAAAUCAUAUUUAAAAGCAAACAACCAAACUCGAUACACAGGUCAGGUUUGGGUUAGCAACCAGAUUUCUAUUACCAUCCCUCUAUUCAUUUCAGUCAGCCGAUAGGUCAAACUCAGUGUCGACCAGUAAGAGGAGUUAGCUGGUAAGCACCCUGGCAUGGAUUUAUAGUAUCUUCGACGACCAGAUUGAACGACGACUCCCCCAAACAACUGGACUCCCUUCCAGAUAUCUACCAACACACCAGGCCAACAGCUGGGUCACUGAUGAAGAAGGUUUAAGGACAGCGAUACUUCAACUUCCAUUGUGGACUGAUGGUCAAAACUAAAGUGAUCUCUCAACCUUUAACAUCAGUAAUGUGUCUGUUUAGUAAACAUUAAUAAAAUUGGAGAAAAAAAAGGAAAAUGUUCAACU